CGGUUGUUGAUUUAAGCCAUGGAAACGGCGCCGGUUUAAGUGCGUAACGUCUGAUUCAAGACGGCUAGCCCCUGCAGUCUGUCUUUUGAUCCUCGCAGAACAGCAGAAGCUCGAUUCUUCCAGUAACAGAAAGAUUCAAUCCUGUGAAGUGAUAAACGAUGGUGAAAACAGUAAUAGGAGAGGAAACUCAACUCAAUUUGGCCGAGACUCGCAUCUCCCAAUCAGCGAUUCCUGCUCAGGUGGGGCUUGUGAUAGGGAAGCUUAGCUCUGAUUUAGACCGAGGCUUCGUAUACGAUUUGAUCCCAACCCCACAGAACGAUGCAGGAGAGCCCGCCUGCUCUCUCGUUGAGACGAACAAAGAAAAGAGAAAGGCUUCUAAGUCUAAAUCGCAGCCUGCCGAUUCCUCCUUCUUGGCCAUUGACAGCGAUUGGGUUGCAGAGCAUGCUCGCCAGGUAUCUAGAAUGCUUUUGGGUGGCAUGAAGGUUGUUGGCAUUUACGUGUGGGCUAGUGAUAAUGCUUAUAAAAAUUCGACUAUGGUGCUUUGCCAGACCAUAAAGGGGGUCGCCGAAGCAUCACCGUUUAUGACUACUGACUUGGAUGAGAGGCUCCUUAUUCACAUAUGCUAUAGUCCAAGGAGAUGGACAUGUCGGAGUUGUGCAUUGACUUCGAAUAUUACUUCAAGCAGCCUGCGACCUAGUGACUUUAAAGUGGGAAAGGUCUUAAAUUCCCUACAAAGGUUUAGGUGCACUUACAACUUUGAUAUUAGAUUGCCUAUACUUAAUGGAGGUGCAUCAAAUUACCAAACACUUAGUGAAAUUCUUCGCCAAGGAAUUGCAAUUCAUGCAAAAGAGCUAAGAGGUGCAAGGGCUGUGAUCGAUGGAAAGUUGGUGAUUGAUAAUGAGCCACGGGCUACAGAUAGUUUGCAUGAAGUUGAAUUGUUUCUACCAUUCAUGAAAGAUAGAGGUGCAGAAGCUUGCAGCCUAAAGGACGUUGCUGGGAUUCUCCUGUUUAGAAGUUCUGUGAGCUCUUAUGCAUAUUUGAAUAGCAAAGAACCAGUUUCACAAGCUGUUGCUGAGAUCAAGGGUGAUAUCAUAAGGAGCUUGCAAAGCAGAUUGGAUAUCAUUUGUGACGAGGCAGUUGGAGAGUUGGUUUCAACUGAUUAUAGUGUUGAGAAAGGAAAAGAUGAGAUAUUAUCUUCAAAACCCACUUCUCAGCUAGUCCUGCACUUAUCCAGAAAAACAUGCAGUGUUGCAUUUCCACGGAGAGUCUUUGUUCCUUGGUUGGCAGGGAUCUUUAUCUGUGAUUAUCUACAACAAUCUGAAUCACUUGAGGUUCUAAAUGAUCAUUGUGUUGAGUUAAUGUCCAUGGUGGCUUUACCAGAUGCUUCAACAAUUUUGGAUCUAGAAGUAGAAGCCCCCUCACUGAUCACAAAAUCUUUCUGGGAUGUAGUACUCCCUUUUUUUUCUGCAACUAGUUCUUCCUUAGACAGGAGUAACACCCAAGCAGAAGCUGCAGAAAGUAGCCGGAAAUCUGGGAAGAAGUUAAAUUUCCACAUUAUGCUUGCAGUAUUCUUCCUUUUCGUGUCUAUCAUUAUUGGGUAUGUGCUUUAUGUUAGGGGUAAUGGUAUAUAAUUUGUUCUCGAUAUUGUUCCAUUAUAUUGUUAUCCAACAAGAUUAUUAGUCAUCUUUUCUUUCUUGGCUUGAGCCCUUGAAGCACCAGUCUAUUGAACCAA